UGGAUCUGUCUCCUGAGCUGACAAGGGCCGUCACCAAUGUCAUCUGUGCUCUCUGCUUUAACUCGUCCUACCGCCGAGGAGACCCAGAGUUUGAGGCCAUGCUGAGCUACAGCCAGGGCAUCGUGGAUACAGUAGCAAAGGACAGUCUGGUGGACAUCUUCCCCUGGUUACAGAUUUUUCCCAAUGCUGAUCUGCAUCUUCUCAAGAAAUGUGUUGCCAUCAGAGACCAACUUCUACAGAAGCAAUAUGAUAAACACAAGGUGGAUUACAGUGACUCUGUGCAGAGGGACCUGAUGGAUGCUCUGCUGAGAGCCAAGCGCAGUGCUGAGAACAACAACACAGUAGAGCUCGGGGCAGACUCUGUGGGUCUCAGUGACGAUCACCUCCUCAUGACUGUGGGAGACAUCUUCGGAGCCGGCGUGGAAACCACCAGCACCGUGCUCAAAUGGGCCAUAACUUACCUCAUCCAUCAUCCACAGGUUCAAAGACAUAUCCAGGAGGAGCUGGACAGUAAAGUGGGCGGAGACAGGUCCCCCCAGCUCAGUGACAGAGGCAGUCUGCCUUACCUGGAGGCCACCAUCAGAGAGGUGUUAAGGAUCCGCCCUGUGGCCCCUCUGCUUAUCCCCCACAUGGCCCUCAGUGACAGCAGCAUCGGGGACUUCACAGUGAGGAAGGGAACUCGAGUCAUCAUCAACCUGUGGUCUUUGCAUCAUGAUGAGAAGGAAUGGAAGAACCCUGAGCUCUUUGACCCUGGUCGGUUCUUGAACAGUGAAGGCACAGGCCUGAUCAUCCCGUCAGCCAGCUACCUGCCAUUUGGUGCUGGGGUUAGGGUGUGUCUGGGAGAGGCUUUGGCUAAGAUGGAGCUCUUUCUCUUUCUGUCCUGCAUCUUACAACGCUUCACCCUCUCUGUCCCAUCGGGCCAACCCCUGCCCAGUUUAGAGGGCAAGUUCGGUGUGGUCCUCCAGCCUGCCAAGUACAACGUGAACGCCACACCCAGACCAGGAUGGGAGAGAAUCAAGUGCCAGCCAUGUUGAAAUGGCCCCAUGUUCCUAACAGCUUUGCAACUGAGGUUCGACUGAAGAGUGUACUGGGCUUUUUUUUCUCAGCCAAAUUCACAUCAUGCGAUAUGAUGGAGCAUGGAGCACUGGACCAGGAAUAUCAUAGCAUCGUUUUGUGCACAGGACAUUAUUACCUGAUAUUGUAUUGAAAUCUCACCCAGAGCGCACGCUGCCAUAAAAUAGAGAAGAAAAAAACAGAUAUUUAGAGAGCAGCAGUGAGACAUCGACAUGUAUACAACAGGAAAAACUGUAUUAUUUGAAUUGUAUUUAUUACCAUUGUUUUGUGAUCAGAGCAUUUUUGGAUCAGAGCAUUUAAUUGUGUGCAAACAGGGAGUUUUGCCGAAUCUAAAAAGCUGGUAAUCAAUGUUGUUUCACCCACAAUACAAAAUAAAUCAAGGGGGGCUUAAAUGUAACUAUU